AUGGUUGUGUAUGAUACUUUUUCAACGAACGGCAUACGAGCAGAAGACGUGAACGCUUACUUGAUUAUCACAUGUGAGGGCGAGAAGGUGUCCAGUGCCCCCAUCAAGCAGACCUCUAACCCGGAAAUGAACUUUUCAGUCAUAUUCUACAGAAGAUCUCCUGAGAGCAAGCCGAUCAACAUUGACGUAUGGCACAAGAGUCUUGUUAUGGAUGAUUUCAUAGGUCGUGUGUCACUGAGGCAUCCACAGAUGAUUGAAAACCAGAUUCAAGAAUUGGCUCUGACCAGCAAGAAAGACAAGGACACCCCUAUAAACAGCGGCAGUUUGAUCAUCUCCACGUCGAACAACCGAAAUCUUAUGGCUUACUAA